CACACACACACACACACAGCAACACUUCAACUGACGGAGACGGGAUGCUUUGACAACAGGGACACGGCAGCUCUUUACUUCAAGAACUCAGAGGAGCAAACACAUGAUGAAAUGCCAGUUAGUUUUGCCAGCCUGUUUGCUGCUGCUUUGGACACUGACAGCAUCUGUCCGUUGUCAAGAUCAGAAGAUUGAAGUGAGAGAGGUCUCUGGUGGAAUUAAGUUGACUUGUAAGGACAAAAAUAUUUCAGAUAUUAACAACAAGCCCAUCGACGGAACUUUGGAAUACAAUGAUGUGAACACAGGGGAGUACAGAUGUGGCGGCACUGAAGUUAAGAUCUAUGUGAAAUUUCGGACCUGUGACAACUGCAUAGAGCUUGACGUGCCUUCAAUAGUGGGAAUAGUCAUUGGAAACGUGGCAGCUACGAUUGUGAUAGGAGUGGCUGUCUAUCUCACUGCAUCUCAGAACCGGACCGGCUCUCACAAGAAAAGCUCUGAUAGACAGCCAAAUGUUCCACGUGAACCAAGCAGCAGAGCUCCCAAUCCGCAUUACGAGGCUCUGAAACCUCGUCCGAAAGACAUGUAUGGUGUGCUUAACAGAAAAUAAAAAGCGAUCUGGCCUGGGACGUAAACCCCCCAACCCCCGCAGCUGACAACAUACUCUCUAUGUUUUCCUUUGCUACUCCAACAUCUUCAGGCGGGACAAAGUCUGGUAUCUGGGAUGGGUGUCGCUCCUAGCCUAAUGUAAUUUGCGCUGUAUGAAACUGUUUUUGCUUUUUUCUUAUCAUUUAGCUUCACCAUGCCUGUAAGACAAUACUCUUACGUAAAGGACCACUCACAUAAUGAGUAAUUGUUAACCUUCUGUAUGUUAUAGUUCAGUGUUUAUCAAGUCUUUGUUCUUGUUUUGGUAGUAUUUUAUUCAAUGUAGUAUUUUCAUUCAUUAUCUAUGUUUUUUCUCUUUCUGUGCAGUAAGUAGGGCUACAGCCACCUCAUAUCAUGACUUAUAAAUCAAGUGUUUAUUUUCAUUUCAUGUAUCAUUGUUAUGAUGCAAAAUAAAGAACUGAG